UGUAAGAAAUUGCUGCAUGGAAAAAUGGAAGAAGAUGAAGGAACAGUGAUUGUUGUUGAAGAAGAAGAAGUGAAAUGAAGAUGGGUUUACUCACUUCACCGUCUUCCACUCUCUUCUUCUUCUCCUCUUCUCAUUCCAAAUUCAACUUAUUCCACCUUCACCUUCGCAUUCUCACUCUCAAUUCCUUCUCUUCUCUCCGAACCAAACCUCCUUCUCUCACCAAAUGGUCCUCCCUACCACCACCACCAACCACCCACGACGACGACGACUUGUUUGACCCUUUUCCUCCUCACACCGAUGACUCCAAACCCCUCAACGCCAUCGACAGAGUCGUUCACCGCUUGCGGAAACUAGGCUCAAAUUCCCACCACGAUGAAGACGAACCACCUCCGCAUGAUGGGUUUUUGCGGCGAGAAUGGGUUCGCCCUGAUGCUCCGAUGGCGGUGGACACGGUGCUGCCAUGGGAGAAUGAUGAGGAGCUACCGCGGGUGCGUGGAGAGGAUGAGGGAGGAAAAGGGUUGAGGAAGAAAACGGUUAAGGCUCCAUCUUUGGCGGAAUUGGCACUUGGGGUGGAUGAGGUGAAGCGGUUGCGGAGAGUGGGGAUGCUUGUCAAGGAGAGGGUCAGUGUCCCUAAAGCUGGUCUCACGCAGGCUGUGCUCCACAAGAUUCAUAGUCACUGGAGGAACUGUGAGGUGGUCAGGCUCAAGUUUCAUGAGCUCCUUGCUCAGAAUAUGAAGUUGGCUCAACAAAUUGUAGAGCGUCGAACAAGAGGAUUAAUUAUAUGGAGCUCAGGAAGUGUUUUGUGGGUGUAUCGUGGUAGGAAUUAUGAAGGGCCAAUUCCCAGCAACCAAUGGAAUGGAAAGGGAGGUGAUGAUCGCCUUCUUGUGACAGAUGUCUCUCUGGAUAGUAACGCAACUUCCUCUUUGCCGGAAAAGAGUGAUCCAAUUUGGUGGAAUCAACAACAGCCUCAGAAUAUGACGCCGGAGGAAGCAGAGUUCGACAGGAUGCUUGAUGAUUUUGGUCCUCGUUUUGUUGAAUGGUGGGGUACAGGAAUACUUCCUGUGGAUGCUGAUUUACUUCCACCUAAGGUUACUGGUUACAAAGCACCUCUUAGGCUUCUCCCCGCUGGAAUGCGUUCCCGCAUAACCGAGGAUGAGCUGACAAAAUUGCGGAAACUAUCCAAAGCCCUUCCUUGUCAUUUUGCCUUAGGGAGAAAUAGAGAUCUUCAAGGGCUGGCUUGUGCUAUUCUCAAGCUUUGGGAGAAAAGCUUAGUUGCAAAGAUUGCUGUCAAGCGUGGUAUCCAGAAUACAAACAACGAACUGAUGGCAGAUGAGUUGAAGAAAUUAACAGGAGGUGCUUUGUUGCUAAGGAAUAAAUAUUUCAUUGUAAUAUAUCGUGGGAAGGACUUUGUUCCAACCAGUGUGGCUGCUGUUUUAGCUGAAAGACAGGAAUUGACGAAGCAGGUGCAAGAUGCUGAGGAGAAGGUGCGUUGCAGAACUGUUGAUGAGACUCUAUCAGGGGAAGAUGAUGCAAAUGGACAAGCAGGAUCAUUGGCUGAGUUCUAUGAGGCUCAGGCACGCUGGGGAAGGGAUAUAUCUAAUAAAGAACGUGAGAAAAUGAUGAAAGAGGCUACUGAAGCCAAGAAUGUUAGGCUUAUAAAAAAAGUUGAACUUAAACUAGCUUCUGCCCAGGCCAAAAGACUAAGAGCAGAAAAGCUAUUAGCUAAAGUAGAAGCAUCCCUGGUUCCUGCUGUUCCUGAUGAUGAUCGGGAAACAAUCACAGAUGAAGAGCGUAUAAUGUUUCGCUCGGUUGGUUUAACAAUGAAGGCAUACUUGCAACUUGGUACACGUGGUGUUUUUGAUGGUGUAAUUGAAAACAUGCAUCUGCAUUGGAGGCACCGAGAACUUGUUAAAUUAAUAACGAAACAAAAGACCCUUGCCUUUGUUGAAGACACAGCUAGGUUACUGGAAUACGAGAGUGGUGGAAUACUAGUUGCAAUAGAUAGACUUCCCAAAGGAUUUUCUCUUAUCUACUAUCGUGGAAAGAAUUAUAGGCGGCCCAUUAGUUUGUGGCCUAGAAACCUUUUAACGAAGGCAAAAGCAUUGCAGCGAUCAAUAAACAUGCAACGACAUGAGGCUCUGAGUCAGCAUAUAACAGAACUGGAGAAAAAAAUAGAAAAAAUGAAAAAAGAACUUAGUGGGGAUGAAGGCUCUAGUCCCCAAGUUAUCGAUGGUGAUUUUGAUGACAAGAAAGACAGUGAUUGCGAUGAGGAUUAUGAAAUUUCAAGCUUGGAAAAAUGAUGGGUUUCCCUUGAAAGCAGGUUGACAUAUGACGGAUCAGGAUCCUCCGCGAAAACUCUCAUAGGACUGAUGAAGUCAUUCGGGAUUCAACGAAUGAUAUGACCGGUUUGAGUGACUUGUAGGCUGGAUGAUGAAUUAGUGAACGGGUCAAAAUCUGUUAAACUCGGUUUACUCUCAUGAAAACUUGUGACUUUGAACUGAUUGAGAUGGAGAAGGAUUGGAUGAUGACACAAUGCUUGACAGAUUUUGUGACUAUGAUCGCCUCAGCAGAAGGAUUGGAUCUGGAAUGUUUAGUUGCUCUCAAAAUAUACGGUGGCAAGGAAGCUAGAAAUCAACAUACACGCCUUCUCUUUGCAGAAGGCUUUUGUAUAUCCAUUUUGAUUUUCAAUAGAAUGAAAUUUUCAUGUGAGCAACAACAUUUGUACAAAUUUAGGGCCACGGGUAGUGCCAGAGGAAAGUUAUCGGGCUCAAAAAGCAUUUACAAUAGACUUAUAUUUACCUCACCUCAAUUGAACUAUUUUGUUAUAGAUUGUGGUAUGGCAGGGUUCAAUGAAGUUAAUAUAUGAAGCAUUAUAUGA